UAUGACAGAUAUGUGAUGAUACUGCAGAUAUUACAGUAUUUUUGAUAAUCCAUAACAAGACAGUUAUUUAAUCUAAAUCUGUUCUAAAACUCUGGAAAAUACAUCAUAAAUAAUAUUAAUAAUAAAAAGUGAUUUAAAAAUCACCUAUUAUUAUAUGAAUAUUUUCUAAACUGCACAAUCUGCAAGAUAAAGAGAAAUCAGUCCUGGGCCAAGAUAUUGAUUUUUAUUUAUUAUUGAGAAUACUAGGGCUUACACCUUCCAUUUCUGUCAGAAUGGAAGCAAGAGCAUUUUCUUUUGAAGAUGAGGGAGGAAAAGGAAACUUCUGAGUAUAAUAUUCAGUAGUUGCUUUAAGUUCUGGAAGAACCUGGAGCAUCAUACUUGAGCGUCACAUUUUUUCCUGUAAAUUCAUCUUUUAGAUGAAUUCAGAUUUUUUUAUUAUUAUUAUUUUAUUACAUUUUAACCAUGUUAUCUCAGUACAGUACAGUAGGCUUGUGUUCAUUAUAAUACCUGGCUUAACGUUUGGAAGAAUGAAGAAAUUGUCCCUCUCAAGCUUUUUAAAAGCCUCUCUGAAACAGUGCUGGAACAGUCUUCAAUAAAGUUGGUGGCAUAUACAGCAUGUAAAGUGGUGAGGCGAAGUAUAGCUUUCAUUGGUUUUCACAUUGGGAUGAUGUAUAUAAUUAGAGAUUAACUACGACAUUUCUGAGCAUUGUGACCUUCUCAGAUUUAAUGUGAUGAAAUCCCGAGAUCUCAUGACACCAUUCCCCCACCCCUCUCUCCCAUUCAUGAGCACUGUCUGUGCUUCAUGGUUCAAACGCAAAUUUAGGACAUACAUGUGUUGUACAUAUACAUGUAUCUUUUCCUGUGCUUUAAACUGUAGUACAAACAGAGCAGACUUGUAGAUACAUACUCUGUCCCUUUAAAUUUACUGACUUGGGCUCAUUUGACAAAGACCUCCUUAUCAUUUUCUUGAAGCCCAGUUUCCUGAAUCAGCAGAUUUUUCCCCCUUGAAACUUCUGAAACUCUGAACUCUGUCAAAACAAGAUGGCUGGCAAGUUUUAGGGACAGAGCAGAGACACAGACAGAGACAAAGAAGCCCCUGAGAAGGCAGACGGACUUAUAUUGCUUGUGGUUUUUCAGUACAGCUGGUUUCAGAUGUGUCGGCCUUGUUCUGCACUGGUUCCACUGCCAAAGCAAGACUGUCACAGCUGGUAGUACUUACUGCACUUGCGGGAAAGUAUGUGAUUCAUUAGUUGGAACCGUAUGUUUUUCACCAGUUCUGGUCAUGUUUUUGUUAGGAUGUGGUAAAAGCAUAAGCAGGGGGUGAAGGGACAAUGGAAAUAUGUGACUUGUUAAAGAUUGGCCCCAACCAGUUAUUAGCUAAAUUGUACACUGUAAAAAAAAUACACAAUUGCUCAUGAGACAAAUGAUUUAAUUCUUUUGUUAAGGUCAUUUAGUCAUAAGUAGUAAAAAAAUUGUCAUCAUCAAGUCCUUUUUUCUCUCUUUUCUCUAAGUACUAUGAUCUUUUUAACUGAAAACUGUAGUAAAGGAAGAAGUCAUGCAAGCAAAAGACAUUCAUUUGGUUAAAAAACAGCCAAACUUGCUAAGAAUUUUUAAAGAAGGUAGCUGCUGCUACUGAUAAAAUAUGGCUAUGGCAUAAAAGCUUAUAGAGAACAUUUGGUAUAUUGAAAGAUUUGGUAGAAGGAGAGCUGCAAGUGAGUGUUACUUUGCAUACACAUAAUAAAAUAGGAAAAAAAAAAAUGUGCAGAGAGGGGUAACAAACUGUUCUGUUUAGAAUUGCAUUUUUUUUCAGGGAUAGAAUCUUCCCGUAUUUUUUAGUGUUUAAGAGAGUUUUGUAUUGAUUUAUUUAUUUUUAAUAGAUAUUUGGACCUUAACAUAACUAUUUAAAUAAUAAUAAUAAUUGUAAAGGCUGGGGGGACCAGCACUUUUGAAUUAAGCAUAACUAUGUUCUCAAGCUGCUGGUUCACCUCUUCCCUCCUCCUCCCAGCCCCCCACCACACACACACACACACACAGAACACUGAUGAAAUAUGAAGACUUCAAAGCCAUGUGUUUAAGAACAUGCUCUCAGAAGUCUCUCUCCACCCCCCCUACCCCACCCCACCCCAUCCCUUUUCCCCUCCUGUCCUCUUUACACACGUACACAGCCACUGGACUUUACAGAGCUAGUACCAGGUCUGUCUCUGAUAAUUAGCUCAGCUGGCUGCAGCAUAAAUAAAGGAAUGCACUUAGGGGCUGUAGUCUGUGACAUGGCUUAACAGAGCAUAAAAAGGUGCAUCUGUUAACAUGCCUGAAUUCAGUCACCUUACUGUCACCCACAGAAAGAUACCAGCUCUGAAAUGUGCUGAUGAUAUUUUGCAAACAUGAGGCCAGUAUUGUAUUAAAUUAAGCAGGCUGUGAACGUGCAAAGUGCUGCCUCUUAAAAAUCGUGCUGUCUCGGCUUACAGUGGUGUUGCAAUGAGUCCCUCCAGUAUCUAUUAGGAUGACCUGUGGCACUGAAUACUUCAACACUCUUCUGGCUAGUAUUGUUGACCUUUGUCAGCUUGAUAAAAAAGCAGAGGCUAGAAAUGUGCUUGUCAUUUUUAGUGAACCAGGAGGCUGGGAAGCAUGGGGAAGGGGAAGGGGGUGUAGGGAAGCACAGAGAUGCCAAAAGCCUGUUUUUGUUUAAAUUAGGAUGCUGAACCUAGGACAAAAUUGCAGUCUGCUUCCCUUUUCCUCCCCAGCAGCCCCAUGCCUCUCACCUCUUUCUUCCCCUGACUGUUGCUACUUGAUUUGAGGUCUGAAAUAAUGAGGAAUGUCUGCGUGAUCAAAGUUACUGUCUGCCUCCUGGUCUCCACAGAAGCCCUGCUGUAUGUGUUUGGUAGGCGACAAACAGCUUGUUGUAAUGUAUCUGAAGGCCAUCCGCUGUACACUGGUAAAUUGCACAUGUGAAUGUUUUCAGCCAGGGAAGAUUAACCUGAGAACCUGUGAUCAGUGUAAACAUGGCUGGGUGGCACAUGCUUUGGACAAGCUUAGUACUCAGCACCUCUACCACCCAACCCAAGUGGAGAUUGUGCAGUCCAACGUUGUGUUCGACAUCAGCAGCUUGAUGCUCUAUGGUACCCAGGCUGUGCCUGUGAGACUGAAGAUACUACUUGAUCGACUCUUCAGUGUACUGAAGCAAGAGGAGGUGUUGCAUAUUCUACAUGGCUUAGGCUGGACACUUCGAGACUACGUUCGAGGCUACAUCCUUCAGGAUGCUGCAGGCAAGGUGCUGGACCGCUGGGCCAUCAUGUCCAGGGAAGAAGAGAUCAUUACCCUUCAGCAGUUCCUGAGAUUUGGAGAAACCAAAUCCAUUGUGGAGCUGAUGGCAAUUCAAGAAAAAGAAGGGCAGGCUGUGGCUGUGCCAUCUUCAAAGACAGAUUCAGAUAUAAGGACUUUUAUUGAAAGCAAUAAUCGCACCAGGAGCCCAAGUCUCCUUGCUCACCUGGAGAAUAGCAACCCUUCCAGCAUUCAUCAUUUUGAAAACAUCCCAAAUAGUCUUGCAUUCCUGCUUCCAUUCCAAUACAUAAAUCCAGUCUCUGCUCCACUGCUGGGGCUGCCUCCAAAUGGCCUCCUGCUGGAACAGCCAGCAAUGAGGCUCCGUGAACCAAGCCUUACAACCCAAAAUGAAUAUAAUGAGAGCAGUGAAUCUGAAGUUUCCCCUACACCUUUCAAGAAUGAGCAAACAUCUAGCAGGAAUGCUUUGACCAGCAUCACAAAUGUUGAACCCAAAACUGAGCCAGCCUGUGUCUCUCCUGUUCAGACACCUACGCCUGUCAAUGAUUUAUCGAAACCAGAACAUACUAAAAGCUCAUUCCGCAUUCACAGAAUGAGGAGAAUGGGGUCUGCCUCCAGAAAAGGAAGAGUGUUUUGUAAUGCAUGUGGCAAAACUUUCUAUGACAAAGGUACUCUGAAAAUCCACUACAAUGCCGUUCACCUGAAAAUCAAGCACCGGUGCACUAUUGAGGGCUGCAACAUGGUCUUCAGCUCUCUCAGAAGCCGCAAUCGUCACAGUGCUAACCCCAACCCCCGCCUCCACAUGCCUAUGCUAAGGAAUAAUCGAGACAAAGAUCUAAUUCGUGCUACAUCAGGUGCUGCCACUCCAGUCAUAGCAAGUACAAAAUCCAACCUAACUUUGACAAGCCCUGGGCGUCCACCAAUGGGAUUUACCACUCCCCCUCUAGAUCCUGUACUACAGAACCCUCUUCCCAGCCAGCUGGUGUUUCCAGCUUUAAAGACUGUCCAACCUGUUCCUCCUUUUUACAGAAAUUUACUUACUCCUGGAGAGAUGGUGAGUCCUCCAACCUCCCUCCCUACCAGUCCAAUAAUACCAGCAUCAAGUGGCAUGGAGCAGCAUCCCCCUCCUCCUUCAGAGUCAUCAGUUCCAUCAGUGCUGAUGCCCAAUCCAGAGCCUAAUACUGAUCUUGCCCCCAAGAAGAAGCCAAGGAAGUCGAGCAUGCCAGUUAAAAUAGAAAAGGAAGUUAUUGAUACUGCCGAUGAGUUUGAUGAUGAAGAUGAAGAGGUGAAUGACAGCAGUACAAUGGUGAAUGACAUUGGUCAUGACAAUCACUGCCAUUCUCAGGAAGAAAUGAGCCCAGGCCUGUCAGUGAAAGACUUUUCUAAAACUGACAGAAACAGAUGUAUUACCAGACCAGAUAUAAGAAGGGCAGACAGCAUGACAUCAGAAGACCAAGAGCAUGAGAGAGACUAUGAAAAUGAGUCGGAGUCAUCAGAGCCCAAAUUGUGUGAGGAAUCCAUGGAAGGUGAUGAUCGCCUCCAUGAACCUGGUGAAAAAUCGAUGAUGCAUAGUGACAGACCGGAUGAAAACCACAAUGACUCUUCUAACCAGGAUGUCAUUAAGGUGAAGGAAGAGUAUACAGACCCUACAUAUGAUAUGUUCUACAUGAGCCAAUACGGACUGUACAAUGGAGGCAGUGCCAGUAUGGCUGCUCUUCAUGAAAGUUUUGCUUCCACAUUCAACUAUAGCAGCCCUCAGAAGUUCUCCCCAGAAGGUGAAAUGUGCUCAAGCCCAGACCCCAAGAUCUGCUAUGUGUGCAAGAAGAGUUUCAAGAGUUCCUACAGUGUGAAACUUCACUACAGAAACGUUCAUUUAAAAGAGAUGCAUGUCUGCACGGUGGCUGGCUGUAACGCUGCUUUCCCAUCACGGAGAAGCAGAGACAGACACAGUGCUAAUAUAAACCUGCACCGUAAACUGUUGACCAAAGAACUGGAUGACAUGGGCCUGGACUCCUCACAGCCUUCUCUUAGUAAGGACCUCCGCGAUGAAUUUUUGGUGAAGAUAUAUGGCGCUCAGCAUCAGAUGGGGCUUGACAUAAGGGAAGACACCUCCUCACCUGCUGGUACUGAGGAUUCCCAUAUGAAUGGGUACGGCAGGGUCAUGUCGGAAGACUAUAUGGUCCUAGACCUGAGCACCACCUCCAGCAUCCAGUCCAGCAGCAGUAUCCAUUCCUCAAGAGAAUCUGAUGCAGGAAGUGAUGAGGGCAUUCUCCUGGAUGACGUCGAUGGGGCAAGUGACAGCGGGGAGUCUGCCCACAAAGCAGAUGCCCCUGCCUUAGCUGUAGGUAUGGGCACUGAUGUCCCAGGAUCCCUCAUGUUCAACAGUGUUUCGGUGAGCAACGGUGGGAUAAUGUGUAACAUUUGCCACAAAAUGUACAGCAACAAGGGAACCCUCAGAGUGCACUAUAAAACAGUGCACUUGCGAGAGAUGCACAAAUGCAAAGUCCCUGGGUGCAACAUGAUGUUCUCCUCUGUCCGUAGCCGAAACCGGCACAGUCAGAAUCCCAACCUGCAUAAAAACAUUCCCUUCACUUCAGUAGAUUAGUUCAAGGAUGGACACGGCAUAAUGCCAGCUCUCAGAGAGGGCCCACCACAUUUGAACUGCCAUAUACAGCCUCCCUUGAUAUAUAUAUAUAUAUACAUAAAUAUACAUAUAUGUAUAAUCUUUUUCUUUUCUUUUCUAACAAAAGAAAGAAACACCAGGUGCUUUUUUUCCCUUUGUUGGUUGUUGGUUUAUUUUUUUUUCCUUUUGGGGGGGAUAGAAAUAAAAAUGUGGGAUCUUUAAUCUGGGGUGAAAUACCCUUCAAGAAAAAAAAAAAGAAAACAAAAACAAAAAAAAACUAACACAGAGAAAACCUGCAAUUGUCCCUAGUUCUGUUAGAAUGUUCUUGGUCAUUUCCAAAGAGACAAUUUGUUCUACCCAUGACUUUCACCUGAAAAAGAAAAAAAAAAAAAGAACAAAACAAAAAAAAAAGCAAAGAAAAAAAAAAGAAAAAAAUCUACUUAGUUGUCUUUGUGUCUUCUAAGCAUUGGGGAUAACGUUCUACUAAGCAUGGCUGUUACACUUGUAUAUAUAUAUUGAGCCUUGACAGGCCUAUGAUGUAAAACAAUUGUAUUGAUGGUGGUUUAACUCUUAUUUUUUUGCUUAAUUUUUACAGUUACAUUCAGCUGUUAGAUAAGCAGGAAAAAUAGUUUGCUGGCUAGUUCUACUCAUUUAUGUUAGCUUUAAUGCACAUUUUUAAAAGAACCACGGUCUUGUUUUAACUACCUGCUAGAUAUAAGUAAUACAGAGGUGCUGGCAUGCUUUACAGUACCUGAUCUGAUACAGUUUUUUUGUCUUGUACUAUUACAUAAAUCCAGUCAUGCACUUUUUCGUACACUACAAGGGGAUGUGUAAUAAUAUCCAUGCUUUUUUUUUCUUAAACUAUUGCCAUAUUUUCAGUAAGUGUCUUUAAAAAAAUACACUUAGAUAAAAGUGGUCUGGUCAGUAUGAGGGCAUGAAUGCCAAACAAAGAGUAUUAGUGUUUAGUGUUAAUACAAAAGUGCCAACUUUGCACACGUUUUAAAAAAAAAAGAAAAAAAAAGAAAAAAAAAAAAAAAGAAAAUGUAGUUACUUAUUCACCAUAACCACAAUUGUAGUUUUUGGACUACAGUAAAAAUUACUGGGGAAGGAAAAGGGGUAAAGUGAAAUACAGAAUUCUUGGUGCUUUUUUCAAGUGCCAACUAUUACUAGAAACAAUAAAGCAUCCUCAUUCCUUAUAUAAUACAUUACAUGAAAGAAAAAACAGAAUUGUGUCAUGUGAAACAGUGGAAACUUUUUUUUUUGUUGAACAUGCAUAAUAUUUGGGGAUAUAAAUGCUGAUACUACUUGUCACAGAACAAAGAUGAAUAUAAUUUUGUGUGCUUCUUACUAUGGCCUGGAUUCCUUGUGGUGUUUAAAAAAAAGAAAAAAAAAAAAAAGGAACAGGGAAAUAAUGUUGACUAUGUUUUUCUUUAAAUUUUUUUUUUUUUUUUUUUUUUUUUUUUUUUUUUUCAAUGGAAAGUGCUGUAGUAUGAUUAAGGCAUGUUUUAUAGAAGCAAUCAAAAGAAAUUAAUGGCAGAAGCACUUAGCUCUGAAAACAUAUGCUGGACUUUUUAUUGGGUAACUUUCCCUUUGGAUAAAUUAGAGGCCAGAGAAAGGAUCUCUAGGUGUGUUAAUAUUUCGUGUUUCACCCACAUUGUUUGUCAGAAAAGAACUAAAGUCCAAUGAAUAGAGCAUGCAAGAGAGACAUCAUAGGCAGGAGCAGGAGAAGGAGCAAUCAAUUGAGAAAGACAGAAAGAACGAGAGGCUGUCCUCUGAAUUUCUUUUUAUUUCCGGUGUUUACACAUGUUGCUUGAGCUGGUAAACCACACUGGCAGCCUGAGUUACCACAACAUACUGACUGAGUGGUGGUAUUUACUUAAGUUCAGCCUACAGCCAAAACCAUUAGGGUGUGUAGAGUUGUAGACUCUUUUCUUUACAAAAA